CAGAGACGCGCGAGUGGAUCAUGACCGCUGUCUGCUGCUGCUGACAGAUAUCAGUCACAUACAGUCGCGCUGCACUUUCAGCUGAUCCGUGCGGAUAUAUCAAACAUUCACCUGGAUUUCAUCACCUGUGCGUCGCUUCUCGGAGGCAGAAUGCGGCGCGCUUUAAUAGACACGGGAAACUAUUACAGUUAGUUCGGAUCCGGAUCUGCGUCUUCGGGAUCCCGAUGUCUUCGUAUGAGCCGCUGCUGCUGGUUUUCUCUCUCGUUACAGACGCGGCAGCAUCACGGUUCCGCGCGUCGCGUCGCGCACGGCGCGUCAUUUGGACACUCCGGACCUUCUGCGCACGCUUCAUUGGGAUCUAGCGGAUAACGUUGUGAAUGGACCUGGAAUUGUGAUCGUUUUGAGGAUAACGCACGGAUUUUAUCCUCUGGAUCUUUGGAUGUUUCCUGAUUUACUGAGAAUUUGGCUUUUCUGAAGCUCCGGUCUGUAUGGACCACAUUUAAGCUUCCCUCAAAGGAACUGAGUCUAAAAUGAAGUUAUGGGACAUACUAGCCACGUGUUUGUUGCUCCUGAGCUCCGUUUCCGCACGUCCCGUCUUCCACAAGCUGCAGCCAUCCAAAAGAGCUGUCAUCCGCAGUGAGACGCCCGCUCUGGACCCCAUCAUCAACUCCCAACCUGAAACCGUGCACCUAAAACAAGCCUCCAUGGAGGAACAAUAUGACGUGAACGGCUUUUACCCGGAGCAGUUCGAGAACGUGAUGGACUUCAUCGAAGCCACGAUCGGCCGACUGCGCAGAUCCUCCGACGCAGAUUCGCAAACCAAGCGGGACAGAGGCCGACAGAAAGGAGCAACAAACACCGAGAGGAGCAGCCGGAAGAGGAGUCGUGGACGAGGCCGUAAGGAAGGCAGAGACGACAGGGUCAAAGGUCAAGGGCGUGGGUGUCUGCUGAAAGAGAUCCACCUCAACGUCACAGACCUGGGCUUGGGUUACAGGACCAAAGAGGAGCUGAUCUUCCGCUACUGCAGCGGCCCGUGUUUCGACGCCGAGACCAACUACGACAAGAUCCUCAACAACCUCACCCACAACAAGAAGCUGGACAAGGAGACGCCGUCUCGGACUUGCUGUCGGCCCGUCGCGUUCGACGACGACGUCUCGUUUUUAGACGACAGCUUGGAAUACCACACUCUGAAGAAGCAUUCGGCUAAAAAGUGCGCUUGUGUUUGACGGACGAAACCAGCGCAGUGCAACAAAUUAUUUUCUUACUUAGUACUUCUGUGUUGUUUUCUAGUAUAAAUGUCUUAACGUUCUUGGAUCAAGAUUUAUUUACUUGACAAGUGAAUUUAUUUAAGAUGUGUGACCCUGCAGUAGAAAAUCAGAUUUAAGUCUCUGGGGUAUAUUUGUAGAAAUAGACAACAAUUCAUUGUAUGAGUCAAAAUUAUAAUUUUCUCUUUUAUAUAAGAGAAAUUAAGUAAAGAUCAUGUUCCAUGAAGAUAUUUAGUAAAGUUCCUACAGUAAAUAUAUAAAAACGUAAUGUUUGAUUAGUAAUAUGCAUUGCUAAGAAUUAAUUUGAACAACUUUAAACAUGAUUUUCUCAAUAUUUAGAUUUUUUUGCAUCAUCAGAUUCCAGAUUUUAAGCCAAAUAUUGUCCCUUACAUCAAAGGAAAGAUUAUUUAUUCAGCUUUGAGAUAAAUUAAACCAUUAUGACUGGUUUUGUGCUUCAGGGUCACAAAACAAGACAUAUCAUCUUAAAUCAUUUUACUUGUACAUUAAAUGCAUCUCGAUUCAAGAACGUUACGAUAUUUAUACUAGAAAACAAGAGUAAAACACUAAAUAAGAGCGUGAUUUUUUGCAGUGUGUGAAACGCUUCAGACUGGGUCGCAGGACUCUUGGAAGGAGAUCUCAGAUAUAUCCAGUAUUCACUUUGUUACCAAACCACACGGUUCAUCCAGAAACAACAAGACUCGUCUGCAGUGGAUUAUCACGUUUACACCGAGAACCACAACCACAGACUCCAGGUCUUUAAUAUCCAGAAAGCUAUCUCUAUAUAUAUAUAUAUAGUAUAUAUGAAAAUGUAUUUAUUGAGAUUUAAUUAAGUUAUUGUUAUUUAUUGCAAUCCAUUGUAUUAGAGUGUUUGUUUCUCUUAUUUAUUUAAGGAGGGGGUUUUUUGUUCUCUAUCUUGGAUGGUGCCAAAUCUGAGCAUGAGUUUUUCAAGAAACCGUUCACGAUUCGUCAUUUAUUCAAGCUAAUGUCGUUUCAAAGGUCAUGUGACUCACAAAACGAGAGGUUAAGGUGCGAUGGAUAGAAAGAUAGAUAUAUUGCCCACCAAAUUUAGCCAAAAUUUCACUAUUAUGCUCAGAUCUUUAAAAAAAAAAAAAAAAAAAUUCAGAUAUUAUGUAUGCAAAAAAUUUACAAUUAAUAAUGAAUAUAUAUUUUUAUUUUUACUAUUAAUAAUUACUUCUCAUGGUCUCAUGGUCAAACAUGGGGACUGCUAUUCUUUUUUUCCAAGUAAAAUUUAUGAAAAAAUAAAAGUAUAAUAUUUAUUUAAAAAUAUAUAAACAAAUUAGAACAAACAAUUAUAUAAAAUAUAUUAAUAUUUUUCUAACAUUUUAUAUUUCAUAUAUUUUUGUUGUGUAUAUAUUUAUAUAUGAAAUGUUUUAGAUCUGAGCAUUUUAGUAUUUUAUAUUUUUAUAUAUUAUAUAUUAAUUAUUCCAAAACAAGUCACACAGAAAACACUUUUAAAAUCAAGCAGAUUAUUAUUGGUCUGUGUGUCAAAAAUUAGACAACCAGCUUGAACCCAUUGCAAAACCUGCACGGGGAAAUUUUUCACCCCUUCCCGUAAAUCCCAAUUAAAACCGAUGUAUUUUCCCAUAAAACAAUCUAAACAGUAAAUGUGACCGAAACCUUUGGGCAGAUGUUAAGAGAUUCUAGUAGUUUCCAUUCAGUGAAGUUAGUCAUUUUUCACAAUUAAGAUGUGUGAAUAUAACUUGUGCACGAUAUUCAAACUCUUCUGAAGUCAUAUGAUUGAUAUGCAUGAGGAACCAACCCAAAUUUAAGACGUUUUUCAAUGCAAAGUUAAUCUCUUAAAGCUUAGUGUCAAACACAUUGAAAAAGAAAAGGUAUAUUUAGACCCUUGUGCCGUUUGAAAUCUCUGAAUCCAAACCUCACUGUUUUUUUGCAUUGCAACGUGUUCAAGUUUAAAAAAUGCAUGAGAUUUGAGAGCUACAUGAACGGCAACUAAAAUGUGUGUUUGUUCCUCAAAACAAAGCAUCGCACCACUUCAGAAGACUUGGAAAAUAAUGCAAAAGCCUUGUUAUGAUGCUAUGAGAAUGUCAUUUUGCAUUCAAUCUCAUUUUGGUUUGACAGAACAAGGUCAAAUGGUUUUGGAACGACAUGAGCUUGAGUAAAUCGGAGAGGAAUCUUGAGAUGACGAAAAGAAAAGCGGAUAAUUACGUCCCGUCUGUGACGUUCGGCCCCGUGCAGUCAGUGAUGGAAAAGACGCGUCUUUGGUCUCCAGCUCCACCAGACACUGCCGUCGUUUCCAACAACAAGAGAGCAGAUAAUAAGUGGGCAGAAGACCAAGUAUUAUUCUAGAAAAUAAAAAGCCGAUGUUGUUUGGCAAAAAGCGAAAGUCUUGAUUUUGUCCAUCAUUAAAACAGGCAGACAAACUGCUCAAGCCGGACCUCAGAUGGCUCGUCUCCAAUUAUAUCUUUAAAAUACGGUCUGGCCUGAUGUGUUUACAUCUCUCUGUAAUGAAAUCAGUGCCAGAGACCGCCUGCGCCGAGCCGAGCUCCACAAAUGGACUGUUUGAUCGGAGCAAAUAAUGUUACAUGUGACCUCUUUGAUCCUCUUUGGUCAGAAGCGACUGCUGAGGUCAAACCGGCCGUUUACACAUUAAUCUGUACCAGGACCCCUGUUGUUUAAGACCAUUUGUCAAAUCAGCUUUGUCUGCUCUAACCGACUUGAAAUAAACUUCUCAAACAGGAUCAGUUCUCUCAAUUGUAGAGCAAUCUGGGUCUUCGACUGUAAACAGGACCUUUCUGUGCAUUGCAUCGAGCCCAAAGUAUACUUUGUUUUUAUACGCAUCUUUGCGGUAGCUCUGUCCACCUUAACACAGACAUUUUUAUGUGAAUGUGUGAGAAAUCACGAGAAGAAUAACUGUGCAUUUAAUGGUAAAAGUGUUUGCACUACAAACCACAGUUUUCGUAAUUUUGACGUCAAUAAUCUAGCCUACAAAAGUUUAAUUCAGAACUAUUCAUUAUGGGUUUAUGUGUACUAACCACGCAUAAUCCAUCUUCCCCACAUACUAUUGUAUGGAUGAAAUGCAUAAUAUUUACAAAUUCUCUUACAGGAAAAAUAAG